UCUCAGAUAAAAACCCUUUCGUUUGCUUCCUGCAUUUGGCUUAUUUCUCUUUAUCUCUCUCUCUCCAGAUUAUAGAGAGAGAAGAAAAGCUAAGCCUGAGCUGAUGCAGAUAUGAAUAUGGGUCUCUGGGGUUUAGGCCUAUAAAGCUUUUAAUUCUUACUUUCAUGGCAUAUUAGUAAGAGCAGUGUUUUGUUUUUUGUAGUCUAUUCUUCUUAGAAGAACAAGAGAAGAAGAAAAUGGCUUUAUUUGAUGAGGCCCAAGACCUACAAAACCCUCCAAUGGUACUUGACGCCUUGUUCUGCGAGGAAGAAGGUUUUGAAGAGGAGUUUGGGGAUAAUGGUAUUGAGGAAGAAGAAGAGAGUGAGAACUGUGAUGGGUCUGAGAAAAAGCAGUCAUCUUGCCCUUUGGUUUUGCUGGAGAACGACUUAUUUUGGGAAGACGAUGAGCUCACUUCUUUGAUGAGCAAAGAGGAACAGACCCGUUUCAGCUACAGUGAUCCAAGCUCAGAUGACUCAUUAAUGGCGGCUCGGAAAGAUGCAGUUCACUGGAUUUUCACUGUUAAAGCACAUUAUGGGUUCUCCGCUUUGACUGUUGUUCUUGCUGUUAACUACUAUGAUAGGUUCAUUUCAAGCUUUCAGUUCCAGAAGGACAAGCCAUGGAUGAGUCAACUCACUGCCGUGGCUUGUCUCUCUCUGGCUGCCAAAGUGGAGGAGACUGACGUCCCACUUCUUUUGGGCCUGCAAGUGGAAGAGUCGAGAUUUGUAUUUGAAGCUAAGACUGUUCAGAGAAUGGAGCUUCUGGUGCUAUCAACUCUUAAGUGGAAGAUGCAUCCAGUGACCCCAAUUUCAUUCUUCAGCCACAUUGUCAGGAGACUUGGUUUAAAGACCCAUUUGCAUUGGGAGUUUUUGUGGAGGUGCGAGCGUCUUCUUCUCUCUGUCAUUCCUGAUUCAAGGUUUGCGUGCUAUCUUCCUUCAAUAUUAGCUACUGCAACAAUGCUGCACGUAAUCAAUGAGAUUGAACCAUUUAAUACAGUGGAGUACCAAAACCAGCUUCUGAAUGUACUAAAAAUCAGUGAGGAGAGAGUGAACGAAUGCUAUGAGCUCAUGUUAGAAACAUCAGGCAGCCUUGGAUGCAUUCAAAAGCAAAACUACAAACGCAAGCAUGGAUCCGUCCCCAGCAGCCCUGUUGGAGUUAUUGAUGCUUCUUUUAGCUCUGAUACCUCAAAUGAUUCUUGGGCUGUUGGUGCAUUGGUUACCCGGUCACUGGAGCCUCGUUUUAAGAGGAGCAGAACUCAAGAUCAGCAGAUGAGAUUGCCUCCAUUGAAUCGUUUUUCUGUUGAUGUGCUUAGCAGCCCUCGUUAAAAUCUUUUGUCCUAUUGUCUUCUAUCAAAUAUGGUACUAAAUACUAUCUCUCUUUUGCAAUUUUAUUGCACCACUUGUUUCUAAUGUGCAAAAACAUUGUGCUCUGCUCCAUGUUCUUUCAAAUUGUCGUUGUGACUAUCCCUUGUGAAAGUAUGAAGCACAAUUGAAUUGAAAAUCUCCUACUCUUCAUGAUUCAAGUAGGGAGAUAGAAUCAGGAUUCUAGAAUAAUUGGAAGUGAUCUGAGGUUUAUUUACGAAUUCAUGGUGUUUCUUUUUUCAACUUAA